AAACGUUGUCCACUCUGUUCAUAACAGAUUGUAGUUUGAGGAACAGAAAACUGUAUUGAGAUAAAAUGUUUAAUGAAUGAGAAAAUUUGCCGAAUUUCGGCCAAAACCCAUAUCGUUCCAUCUUCUCCCGCUCUCUGCCAUGGUGGACCAGGAAGUUCCGGGAAGGCGCCAGAACUGUGUGGUGAAGACGAUAUAUUUUGUGUCCGUUUCACACGUAUUACUACAGGUCAAAUCUGAGGUAGGUAACAUCAACAGUGAAGACAAACGCAGGCCUCCUCUCUCCUUCCACACUGAGUCCAAACCUACAGUCACGGGGUCCUGAUUGUGACAUUCGAGACCAGUUUGCACUGCAGGAUCCAGAGAUGGCAUCAGUGAAGCUGGAAGACUGCAGUCAAACACUGGAGUUGAAUGUCAACAUUAAAGAUGAAGAGGAGAAGAUUGGGAAAUCUGUUUAUGAUGACCGACUCAGAUCAAGUCUGAGGCCAGUAACAUCAACAGUGAGGACAAACCCAGCCUGCCUCUCUCCUUCCACACUGAGUAGAAACCUACAGUCACUGGGUCCUGAUUGUGACAGUGGAGCCCAGUUUGCACUGCAGGAUCCAGAGAUGGCAUCAGUGAAGCUGGAAGACUGCAGUCAAACACUGGAGCUGAAUGUCAACAUUAAAGAUGAAGAAGAGGAGGAGAAGAUUGGGAAAUCUGUUUCUCAUGGAGACCAUGUUGAGACAUUCUCUACAUCCAGAGAGCAACAGCAGGAAGAUCACAGAGCUAAGAGGUCUCACCCCUGUCCACAUUGUGAGGAGAUUUUCCCAUUUCUAUCAAAGCUUAAAAUACACAUAAAAAUACACACAGGAGAGAAUCCGUAUUCCUGCACUAACUGUGGAAAGAGAUUCACAACAUCACAAUCUCUGACAGUUCAUCAGAGAGUGCACACUGGAGAGAAGCCUUACUCUUGCUCUUUAUGUGGGAAGAGGUUCUCUCAACAGAUCCACUUACAAACACACCAACAUGUACAUACAGGAGUGAAGCCAUACUCCUGCUCUGAGUGUGGGAAGAGGUUCUCUCAACAGUUCCACUUACAAAUACACCAACAUGUACAUACAGGAGUGAAGCCAUACUCCUGCUCUGACUGUGGGAAGACUUUCUCCCGAUUGGAUACCUUAAAAACACAUGAACGUAUACAUACAGGAAAUAAUCCAUAUUCCUGUACUGACUGUGGGAAGACUUUCUCCCGAUUGGAUACCUUAAAAAUACAUGAACGUAUACAUACAGGAGAGAAUCCGUAUUCCUGUACUGACUGUGGGAAGAGCUUCACAACGUCAGGGACGCUGAUAAUUCACCAGAGAGUGCACACUGGAGAGAAACCUUACUCCUGUUCUGGCUGUGAGAAGAGGUUCUCUCAACAUAUCCACUUACAAAAACACAAACGUCUACAUACAGGAGAGAAGCCUUACUGCUGCUCUGACUGUGGGAAGGGUUUCUCUCAACAAAACCACUUCAAAUCUCACCAGCGAAUACAUACAGGGGAGAAGCCUUACUGCUGCUCUGAAUGUGGGAAGAGUUUCAUCCGAUUGGAAAUAUUAAAAUGCCACCAGCGAAUACAUACAGGAGAGAAGCCUUACUGCUGCUCUGACUGUGGGAAGAGUUUCUCACAACUGGGCAACUUAAAAACACACCAACUUAUACAUAAAGGAGAGAAGCCUUACUCCUGCUCUGACUGCGGUAAGUGCUUCACAACAUCAACUGAUGUAAAAGUUCAUAAAAGAGCACACACAGGAGAGAAGCCUUACUACUGCUCUGACUGUGGUAAGAGUUUUGCCAGAUUGUAUACCUUAAAAACACAUCAAAGUAUACAUAAAGGGGAGAAGCCUAAUCAGUUCUCUCAGACCAACUAUGAUUAAAGUCAUUGCAUCACUUAAUUCUCAAGAAAGCAUAGCACACUAUUGUAAUCCUAUUGUUUCUCAUUGUGAGAGAACUGUGCAGAGAAAAGGGAGCAUUCUAGAAUUUUAGCCUCUCUCUACUUUACUGAUCAGUGAGUGUGCACCUGGUCAGUUUUGAUGUGUUUUGUUAGCUUCUACUUUACAUAUAUUGAGAGGACUUUCGAUUUGCCCUUAGGGUUGAAUAUCCUCUGUGAGGCUGGUUGACUGGGUGGUACUGCUUUCCUCUGCAUUUUUCUGUGAGGAAUGAGAUACAACAUGUAUCAGAUAGAGAUGAUGUGAUCAGUUUUCUGUGGGAAUGAGUUAGUAGAGAACAUGUAUCAGAUUGUGAUGAUCAGUUUUCUGUGGGAAUGAGUAAGUAGACACAACAUGUAUCAGAUUGUGAUGAUGUGAUCAGUUUUCUGUGGGAAUGAGUUAGUAGACAACAUGUAUCAGAUAGAGAUGAUGUGAUGAUCAGUUUUCUGUGGGAAUGAGUUAGUAGAGAACAUGUAUCAGAUAGAGAUGAUCAGUUCUCUGUGGGAAUGAGUUAGUAGAAAACAUGUAUCAGAUAGAGAUGAUGUGAUGAUCAGUUUUCUGUGGGAAUGAGUUAGUAGACAACAUGUAUCAGAUAGAGAUGAUGUGAUGAUCAGUUUUCUGUGGGAAUGAGUUAGUAGACAACAUGUAUCAGAUAGAGAUGAUGUGAUGAUCAGUUUUCUGUGGGAAUGAGUUAGUAGACAACAUGUAUCAGAUAGAGAUGAUGUGAUGAUCAGUUUUCACCAUCAUUUUGGGGGGGAUUGUUUUAGCUAUUAAAGGACUAUUUGUUUAAUUAUAUACAGUUUAUGAAACAACUACAUGUGUUUUAUUACAUUGUAUUUAAAAACUAGAUUAGUUAUUUUCAUCAUUGAUGAUGGAUAUGUUUAGAUUACUCCGUUGAAGCCAACUUAAUUGACAUGCCAAUAAAAAGUAAAUGAAAUUGUAAAUGAA